UAGAAUUGCUUCUCGUUGUCACCUGUCAAACGGAUCCAACCAUACAACUAAGAUGGCUAACAAUUUGAUCCAAGUCUUGCUUCUUGCCGCUUGCAUCGCCGGGCUCAAUGCUGGCCUAGUCCGCAGCAGCCGCGGCCUCUGCCCGACAUUUACCACCAAACCUGAUUUCGAUUACAGACAAUAUGCCGGAGUUUGGUAUGAAAUCGAGAAGAUUCCCGUUGUCUUCGAAGAGGGUAUGACCUGCAUUCGUGCUAUUUACGAUGAAAUCGCACCCAACACUGUCAGCGUCAUCAACACCGCUGUUUUGGCUGAUGGUAAUGCCACUGCCAUUUAUGGAUCAGCCUACCAGCCAUACCCCGAUACUCAACCAGGAUACCUGAUCGUUCAAUUCCCCGGCCGUCCCGAUGGUCAGUACUUCGUGCUGGACACUGAUUACGUUACCUAUACGGCCGUCUAUGAUUGCGUCACCGUCGGUGCCUUCAAAUUGGAAUAUGCCUGGCUUAUGGCUCGUACCAACACCUUAACCGCUGAGCAAUUGGCUACUGCCCGUGCUGCAUACACCCAAUUUGGAAUUGAUGUUAGCACCUUCGAAGCUACAUACCAGAGCGAUUCUUGCCUUUACCUUCCAUAGGACUCCCAACAGUUUACUGUUUACCUUCCUUUCGUCAAAGAGCUUGUAAAUUAUGGCAAUUGUUUGAUGCGAUGAAACUUGAAAAUACAACAUAAAAGAUAAGAAA